CACUACAAUGGUCUUUUAUUUUUUCUUUUCAAGAAAUGUCCUAGCCUCAUGGAACCAUAUAAUUUAACAGGAACCUUGGAAUUCCUUCUCCUUGGACUCUCAGAAGACCCUGAACUGCAGCCCAUCUUAUUUGUACUAUUCCUACUCAUAUACCUGCUCACUGUGCUUGGAAAUGUUCUCAUUAUUUUGGCCAUCAGCUCUGAUCCCCACCUCCACAGCCCCAUGUACUUCUUUCUCUACAAUCUUUCAUUGUCUGACAUGGGCUUUAGCAGCACCACAGUCCCCAAAAUGCUGAUAAACAUGCAGACUCAUAACAAAUCCAUAACUUACACAGCCUGCCUAACUCAGGUUUCUUUCUUCUUUCUUUUUGGAGGUAUGGACAGCUUAUUGCUGGCUGUGAUGGCCUAUGACCGGUGGGUAGCCAUUUGUCACCCUCUACACUACCAAGUCAUUCUGAGCCCUCAUCUCUGUAGAUGUUUGGUCAUAGUGUCAUUUUUCAUUAGUCUUGUGAGUUCACAGGUACACUGCUUGUUGGUGUCACAACUAACAUUUUGCACUAACAUAGAAAUCCAUCAUUUCUUUUGUGAUGUUCCAGAACUUGUAAAACUUGCCUGUUCUGACACUACUAUCAAUGACAUAAUCAUGUUUCUUUUAAGUAUCAUUGUUGGUUUCCUCCCUGCCUCAGGAAUAUUUUAUUCCUACUAUAAAAUUACUUCCUCUGUUUUUAAAGUUCCAUCACUGUUAGGGAAAUAUAAAGCCUUUUCUACCUGUGGAUCUCACCUGUCAGUUGUUUGCCUAUUUUAUGGAACAGGUAUAGGAGUGUACCUUAGUUCAACAGUUUCUAGUUCUUCCAGGGAAAGUGUGGUGGCUUCGAUAAUGUAUACCAUGGUGGUUCCCAUGAUGAACCCCUUCAUCUACAGCCUGAGGAACAGGGACAUCAAGAAAGCCCUCCAGAAAAUUGUCAGUCAAAUAACAUAA